AUGUCGUUUGCAACAAAAUCAUCAUCCUUCGCUUCCAAUAAGGAGUUCUCGUUCAUGAAUACGACUGCUCCAUCCAAGGACAGAAAGUUGCCAUUCCUUCCGGGUUUUACGUUUGAUGAUAAGUUCAUUAAGGAGAGGCACCACAAAUCACAAUUGCUCGCAUACAAGAAUCACAUUCCGGUCGUCCACGAUUAUGAUGUUCCUGUUGAGGUGGAUGAAUUACAGACCGAGACUGAAAAACUUGCAGACAUGUUGAGAAGUACAACCCAACUCUACAAAUCGACAACAACCAACGAAACAAAACAAAAAGAGAACUGGCUUUCUCUUGAGAAGAAAGUUCUCAGAUUCUAUGCCUAUUUCAAAGAAGGAGUUCAUGAAAGUCCAGUUGAACAAAGUAGAGUCAGAAAAUGUGUCAUUUUCUAUUAUCUUGAAGAUGAUACCAUGCAUAUCAGCGAACCAAAACAAGACAACUCUGGCAUUCCUCAGGGAACCCUUGUAAAGAGACAUCGCAUUCCAAGAGACAGAAUUCAAGGAAAUUCCAAUGUCUAUUAUACAAUUGAUGAUCUCAAUGUUGGAAGAGAGAUUACCGUGUACGGAAAGACCUUUAGAAUUGUCGAUUGUGAUGCCUUCACUAGAGAUUUCUUCAACGGAAUUGGCGUUGAAGUUCCAGAGCCUGAACCUUAUCCAGGAGAUCAGUACACUGAGAAGCGAGAAAGUAUCCAGAAGAGCAUGAAUCCCUACAAGACUUUGUCUCCAAUGGAUCAAGACCUUAAGAAGUAUAUGGAAUACUCCUUUAAGGGAAAGAGAACCAAUCCAUCCAAGCAAGAGAAGGUGGCAGUCCAAAAGUUUCUUGCUUUUGACAGACAGGUUCUUCGCUUCUUCUGCGCUUGGGAUGAUACCGAGAAGUUGUAUGGUGACAAACGAUUCUUUGUAUUGGAGUACUAUUUGUCGGACGACACGAUGAAAAUUUCAGAAGUAUUUUCUGCCAACUCUGGUUAUGAUCCAUUCCCAGUCUUUUUGAAGAGACAAAAGGUGCCAAGAAUCAAGAAUUCUGCUAACGAGCCAACCACCUACUAUGAUGAAACAGACCUUGGUAUUGGAAAGAGAAUUAUCGUCUUCUCCAAGAACUUCCUCUUGUAUGACUGUGACCCAUUCACUAGAGAAUUUUAUGCCAAGAAGUAUGGCAUUACAGACAUGACACCCAUCGACGUCAAAGAUGCUCCAAAAACUGAAAUACAAUAUGAAGAGCCUCCAUACAAUGGAUUUGGUGAUGAAGAAGAUUCUUUGGGCUCUUGGAAGUAUCUCGUCAUUAAGCCACCAAAGAAAGAUGUUAAGAAGUAUAUCGAGAAUGACCACAAGCUCUUUAGAUAUUCAGCUGUGCUGGUGACCGAUAAACCAGAGGAUAAGGGACGAAAAUUCAUUCUUUCCUACUAUCUCUCAGACGACACCAUCUCUGUAUUUGAACCUGUACAAAGAAACAGUGGUGUCAUUGGUGGAAAGUUUUUGCAACGAUCCCGUGUCAAGAACGAAAGAGGAGAGUACUAUAAGGCAAACGAAACCUUUAUUGGAGCCACUUUGAACAUUAACAACUUUAUCUUUUAUUUGGAGGAAACAGAUGAAUUUACAGUGAAUUACAUGGAACAAAAUGCAGAACAAUUCCCUAAGGCUAAUAUUGAAAUUAUUAUGAACAAGAUUAGAAAACAUGUUCAAGACUCUUCCUUGGAAUAUAAAUUGAGAGAUGCUAUGGGAAGUGCUCAACGUGGAGCAAGAAUUGAAAUGGACGAAUUGCGUCAACUCUUGCAAAGCAUGGGCCUCGAUUUGGUUGAACACGAGUUGAUCACAAUUUUGAGACAUUUCAAAGCCAAUCAAGAUGGUACUAUUGAUUUGAGUGAAUUCAUUAAUGCGAUCACAUUUGGACCAGUUACCAGCACAAGGAAGGAGCAAGCUGUACAGCCUCAAAAGCAAAAAGACACGGUUUCAUUCAACAAUGCCUACAAGGUGUUCAAUGAAAAGAUAUCAACUAGAAGACUUUUAGUUCAUGACACCUUCAAAGUCAUGUCCGACAAGAGCGUGGACGGUUUGAUUGGAGAGACUGAAUUUAAGAAAGCAGUGCAAGAUCAUCUCAAGCUUAAUCUUUCUAAUGAUCAAGUGUCUUCAUUGGUUGAUCACUUCUUCCCUGAGACCAAGAAACGAUUAACCCUCAUUGAAUUUAUGAAGAUUAUUGAGGGAACCUCAACCUACUUGUAUUUAAAGAAUAAUAAGUAA